AUGCCUAUCCGCAAUCCCUUCCGCCGCACUCCGGGCGCUGAGGUCGUUGACGAUGCCAAACACGACAACGACGCUGGCACCAAGCCUCUUCAGAUCAAAGAACCCACCGAGUACAAACUGAGCGAGAUCAACGAUAGUGGUGUCUACCUACCUCCAUCACCAACCGAGAAGCCCACGUUCUGGCAUUCCAAGUCCAAUGUCUCCACCACAUCUUCCAACCACAGGAGCCUCCUAAGCGAGAACGAGCCCUUUAGCAUCUCGCGAGAGAGCUUUGAUUCCUACAGGAGAUCAUUUGACAUUUCCGCACGUUCUCCCAUCCCGGAUUGUCUGGACCCGCGGACGCGCCAAUCUCUCGAUGCUCGCAGGUCGCUCGACACCCGGCGCUCGCUCGACGUGCGCCGCUCGCGGGCCCCACCGAGGGCGUCGUUACAGGAGCGCCGUCCCGGCAGCAGCACAAACGAGGGCGUGCCCGAAGAAGGAGGCUUCGAGGACGUCGGGCUGAACGAUGAGCCGAAGCCACAGCCGAAGAAGCGUGGCAUCUUCUCGCGAUUUGGCGAUAAUCACGAUGCCGACGUUGCAAAGGAGGAUAAGCCGGCCAGUCACCACCACUUCACAUUCACGGGUCGCAAGAGGGCACAGAGCGGCGGUCAAGGAUCUGAGAUGAAGAGCAUGUCGAAACCGUCGACUCCACAACCGCCCACGGCCGAGGCUGUUGAGGCACGUUAG